GUGAGUAGACGUGUUUCGGUUUUUUAGUCAGAGUUGCGUGCUUCGAGAAUUUACUAUUAUAAAUAUAAAUUGUUUAUUAAAUAUUAAUUAAUUUAGAUGAAGAGUGGAUACAGUGAAGUUGUUUUCAGCUAGGAAAAGGAUUUUUCGACAUUUCUUUUUUUAUAAGCAAUCGUCGUUGUGUGAGCGAGAUGCCAACACAAGCUCGUUGCGACCGCGUCCCGCCAGCGGAUGGAGCGUGGGGUGCCCUUGAUUUGCGGGUCUUGCAAGAAGAUGACCUACCCCUUGAUCCGAGGGAGUGGUGUCGUGCGCAAGUCGGUGCGUGGGUGUCACGCCGUGGCGGUUUACCUGAACGGUUCCCAAUGAACGGGAAGGCCCUUUGUCUCAUGUCACGAGAUAUGUUCGCGGCGCGAGUCCCUCGGCUUGGGCAUGCCUUACACCAGGAUUUCAGACGAAGGCUAGCGAAAGCUUUAGCUCUCCAAGAACUCAUUGAAAAGUUAUCAUCGAAAUGAAUACGGAUGUCGAGUUGAAAAAAUACAGGCGGGUCUCAUUUGACUUAACAUUAUAUUACUAUACACUAGAUGAUUGAAUUGUAUUCAAUAUCUAAUAUUAAAAUGGUAAUACAUAUAUGUCAAAAUAAUGAAUACCGUUCGAGAUAAAAUGGUCUUCAUCGUUCAUAUUUCUAGGUGUUAAUAUGUUAUAUUAGAAGAGAAGCCUCAAGUGGAUUAAUUGAUUAUAAUUGUCAAAACAUUUGACAGUUUCUAUAUACUUUUUUUGUCUCACUCUGGUUAGUAACAAAGCGCGCCAAUACACUGGUGGUUCGUUGUCAAUUGACAUCCGAUUUUAAUGACCUCCCUUAAAACCUCUUUCAAACAACAGUGCUUUUAUACUAUACUAAAAUCUCUUUCUGAGGUAAAAAGUAAAUUAUUUAAUGAAUUAAUUCGAUAUUUAAUGGUAUUUAAUUUCUGUAUAAUGUUUCUGGAAAGGUAACUGUCACUGUCAAAAUCUAAUGUGACAGUCGUCGACCAAAAAAAAAAUUCUUUUUUUUUUUUUUCAUGUUCCAGUUACAUUAUCUUUUAGGUCAAAUCGAGUAAUGCCUGUAUUUUUUACAUAUAGUUCUUAGUGUGGUACAUAUCAAACUUAUAUGUUAAUUUAGUUUUCACAGCUAGAGGGCAAUUUGUUUUUUGUAAAUAUAAUUGUAUGUAUAUUUUUUUAUCUAUAUGUAAUGUUUUUACUAUUUUUUCUGUUUAAAACUGUAUUCUUUAACAUAAUAUUGUAAUCCGUUUAUAUCAUUAGUCAUUUAUUUUAAUAUUAUUAUGAUAUUAGUAUAUAUAAAGAUUAUAUUAUCAACUACACACUUUGUGAUCACACGCCUGCAAUCAUUUGAAUUUGCGUUAACGAACAAAUCACGUUAUGGAGACAAUGAUAUAUUUUUUUUUUAUGUAGCAAUUCAAAGCACUUGCAAGCAAAAAUAAAACAAAAACCAUAGACAAAAUAACAGUUUAAAAACGACCGAUGUCAUUCCGUAGUAAGUUUAUUAUCUGUGCGUUCUUUUUGUACAUACACGAACAAACAAAAACCGAUAUUUUUGUAUAAAUUAUAAUCAUUUGUGAUUGUUACUUAGUUUUUUAAAUAACGCCCUCUAGCGUCAAUUGUAAACCUCAUUUCCUAUCAUUAUUUAGUUAUUAUCCAAUAGAAAAUUCUAGACUGUUCCUAUUAAAUUAGUUUAUUUUGUAUAUAUCGAUUCACCCAGGACCUAUUAAUUAGUGUUAUGUUUUAUAAUUUCAGUAUUAUAAUAAACUAAUACUUGUUUAAUUGAUGUAAUAUUUUACUUACGUAUGUUAAUUUUAACAAUUAGUUUUAAAGUGAAAAGUUACACGGUUCGAGUCUUGGUAUGGCAUUUGAUUUUUUUAUUAUUCAAUAAAAUUGUUUAUGAAAAAACAAAAUUAAAUUAUUUUUAAAUAUAAGAUUUGAGAAUCUUAUUAUUAAUUUUCACUUUUUAUGCUGACGCUUCAUGGUUAUCAUGGCGUUAUUCGCAUUAUGUAUAAAUAUUAACAAGCUUUGUGUUUUGCAACGGCGUCAAGCAUUGUGUAGAAAUCAUUGGACUUAUUUUAACUACAUAUUAACACUUUCAGGGACAGUACACUACAGUACACUAGUACACCAGACAAUAGCUAAGUCUAUGAUGACGUCUAUAGGCGUUCUGACCAGGAAAGUGUUAAGAAAUUAACCAAAAAGCAUAUCAAGAUUCGAACCUGCAAUAUAGAACAAUAUGCACUCGUUCACUAUAUCGACACUCUGCCAUGUCUCAAAAAAAAAAAAAAAAACUAUCCUUCUAAUCGUAAAAGUUGCAACACAAAAAUAAAUAGCAUGUGAAUGUAAUUUAAAAAAGUCAUCAUUAUUGGCACGCAUUAUAUUAAGAUUUUUUUUUUAAAUUCAAUUAGCGGCAAGAGAAGCGCACUAUUGUAACAAAACAAUAUUGAUUAUUGUUCAAAGAUUAUAUUUAAGAAACGAUUCGUUUAGCUUACAAAGCGUGAUUCAGAAUUAUUGCCUAUUGUUAUUCUUACGGAUCAGAAGUAUGUAUGGGUAACGUUAAUGUAUGAAGAUGAUAACAAUAGUGUUGCAAUAGUAAAAAUUUAAAUGUCAAUUUGACAAUUCUGUAUUGGCUUUGACGUCUGAUUAAAUUAAAAACAAAGAAUCGUUUUUUGAAUAUAGUCUGUCUUUGGUAAUGUGAAAAUGUUUUUG